UAGACACAAAGAUGGCGUACGGAUUGUCGACAUUCAUAAACGUUUGUAGAAUUUCUUUAAUUAGUGUUCAUAGGAAAUCUUAAUUUAGGAUAAAUUUGUGUACUAUUAUAUUCCUAAACUCGAAUAAAUUUAAUUUCCAAGCUUUGCUCUACUAACUUACGUAAAGUUGCCGUACAAAAUUUUUGUACCGAGUUAGAUUGACCUCCUUCUUUUCGAUCGACAAGAGACCAUCUAACAGAGUUUUAUCCAUAUCAAACCAUGGAUGACUUAUUAAAGCUUGAGAAGUUAUCACUUGUCUCAAAAGUUUGUACAGAGCUAGAGAAUCAUCUUGGGUUGAAUGACAAGACGCUAGCUGAAUUUGUGAUUAUGCUUGGAGAAAAGAGCAAAAGUGUUGAAAAGUUCAAGAAAAAUCUAUUAAAGAAAGGAGCUGAUUUCCCUGAAUCUCUUGUCACCAAUCUGUACAGAUUGAUCCAAAAAUUGAAACCUGAAAAGAAGAAGAAUAAGGCAAAAGAAACCCAGAAAGAGCUUGUGGAGGAAGACUUUACAAGGAAAAAGUUCCCAGGACUCUGUUUACCAGAUAAAGAGCCUCCAAAAGAGGAAAAUGUUAACCCUGAUGACAAUGCAGUUGCUUCCAAAGCUUUGGAUGAGCUUGAAGCUCUGAUGUCUCUGCCAAGAACUACAGAUAUGCCCUCAAGAGAGAAGGAUGACAGAAGUAAAAUGAAUGAGGACUAUUCGGUAGACGAAUAUCGAAAAAGAAGAGAAGAAAAAGACAAUGAAAGAAAAAGAAGAAGAUAUUCAAGAUCGAGAAGUCGAAGCAGAGAGAGAGAAAGAGGAGACGGACAUAGAGACAGACACAGGGAUGGAGAAAGGCACAGAGACAGGGACAGGGACAGAAACAGAGACAGAGAAAGGUAUAGAGACAGAGAUGAUGACAGGUACAGAAGAAGGGAAAGGGACAACAGCUCGGAGCAGAUCAAAAGACGAAGAGCAUCCAGCGUUGAGCGUGACCCACGACGUCGUGGAUUAACCUCAGACACAGUUGAUCGACCGCCACCAACAGAACCAGAAGCUAGGCAGAUAUACGACGGGAGAGUUACAAAUAUUAUGCAGUUUGGCUGCUUUAUUCAGCUCUUUGGAAUCAAGGGCGGACACGAGGGGCUGGUUCAUAUUUCACAGCUUCGUCGAGAAGGAAGAGUUGCUAACGUGGCUGAUGUUGUUGCAAAAGGGCAAAACGUCAAAGUGAAAGUUUUGUCCAUAACUGGAAAGAAGAUUAGUUUGUCUAUGAAGGAUGUUGAUCAAGCAACUGGUGAAGAUUUGAACCCCGACAGUGGCUUGAGAUCAGCUGCCAAUCGACAAGAAGACCUUUCCCUUAGAAACCCUGACAGGCCGUCGUCUUCCUCUUUGGUGCCUGUUGUGGAUGACAGAGAUUUCGAUGUGAAGAAGAAAUUUAAUCGCAUCUCCUCUCCAGAGAGAUGGGAAAUUAAACAGCUUAUUGCAGCUGGUGUCCUUGAUGUAUCAGAAUACCCUGAUUUUGACGAAGAAAGUGGCAUUUUGCCCAAGGAAGAAGAUUCUGACGAAGACAUCGAAAUAGAGUUGAGAGAAGAAGAGCCACCUUUCUUGCAAGGCCAAACGAAGCUCAGUAUUGAUGUCAGUCCGAUCAAAAUUGUUAAGAAUCCAGAUGGAACCUUGCAACGGGCAGCAAUGACUCAGAAUGCACUUUCUAAGGAAAGAAGGGAAGUCAAACAACAACAACGGGAGGCACAAGCAGACACCAUUCCAAAAGAUAUCGGCAAACUCUGGGUUGAUCCCGUGCCUGAAGCCGUUGAGGGUGAAGAGAGAAAACCGUACUUUGCACAAGACUUACGCGGCAUUGGAUUAUCGACACAGGACGUCCCUGAAUGGAAAAAGGCUACUUUUGGCGGAGCAAAAGGAUCUUAUGGUAGGAAGACAAACUUGACGAUUCUGGAACAAAGACAGGGACUGCCAAUAUUUAAACUCAGAAAUCAGCUAGUAAAGGCUAUAACAGACAAUCAAAUACUGAUAGUCAUUGGCGACACAGGAUCAGGCAAGACGACUCAAAUGACUCAAUACCUUGCUGAGGAGGGCUUCACAGAAAUUGGCAAAAUUGGUUGCACGCAGCCACGUCGUGUUGCUGCCAUGUCUGUGGCUAAACGAGUAUCCGAAGAAUUUGGGUGUCGUCUCGGACAAGAAGUCGGAUACACGAUCCGUUUUGAGGACUGCACAAGUCCGGAAACUAAAAUCAAGUAUAUGACAGAGGGUAUGUUGCUGCGAGAGUGUCUUUUGGAUCCGGAUCUUAGUCAGUAUACCAUUAUAAUGUUGGAUGAAGCCCAUGAAAGAACAGUUCACACCGAUGUCUUGUUUGGUUUGAUGAAGAAAGCUGUCCAAAAGCGAAAAGAUCUCAAGCUGAUCGUGACGUCAGCAACAUUGGAUGCCGUAAAAUUCUCGACCUACUUCUUCGAAGCACCGAUUUUCACAAUUCCCGGUCGAACGUAUCCGGUUGAAGUCCUGUACACCAAAGAAGUGGAGUCGGAUUAUCUAGAUGCAGCUCUGAUCACUGUGAUGCAGAUUCAUCUUACUGAACCACCUGGAGAUAUUCUGGUUUUUCUUACAGGUCAAGAAGAAAUCGAUACAUCAUGCGAGAUAUUGUACGAACGAUUAAAGUCCCUCGGCCCGGAGGUGCCGGAACUAAUUAUCUUACCGGUAUACAGUGCUCUCCCGAGUGAAAUGCAAACAAGAAUUUUUGACCCGGCUCCCCCUGGUAGCAGAAAAGUUGUCAUCGCAACAAACAUCGCCGAGACGUCACUUACCAUUGAUGGUAUCUAUUAUGUGGUUGAUCCAGGCUUUGUGAAACAGAAGGUGUAUAACUCCAAAAAUGGCAUCGAUCAGCUUGUUGUAACCCCAAUAUCUCAGGCCCAAGCAAAACAAAGAGCGGGAAGAGCUGGAAGAACCGGACCAGGAAAAUGCUACAGACUUUAUACAGAGAGAGCCUACCGUGAUGAAAUGUUGUCAACGAACGUCCCAGAAAUACAAAGAACCAACUUGGCAAGCACAAUUCUGUCGCUAAAAGCAAUGGGGAUCAAUGACUUGCUGUCGUUCGAUUUCAUGGAUCCACCACCUAUGGAGACAAUGAUAACUGCAUUGGAGCAGCUGCAUUCGCUGAGUGCUUUAGACGACGAAGGUCUCCUCACUCGCCUUGGUCGAAGAAUGGCUGAGUUUCCACUUGAACCUCAGUUGUCAAAAAUGCUCAUCCAGUCGGUUCAUCUUGGCUGCAGUGACGAAAUUCUGACUAUUGUCUCGAUGCUGUCUGUCCAAAAUGUUUUCUAUCGCCCUAAGGACAAACAAGCCUUGGCUGAUCAGCGCAAGGCCAAAUUUCACCAAGUGGAAGGUGACCACCUAACAUUGCUCGCUGUGUAUAAUGCGUGGAAAAACAGCAAAUUCUCCAAUGCUUGGUGUUUUGAAAACUUUAUACAAGCAAGGUCUAUGAAAAGGUCACAAGAUAUUCGCAAACAGAUGCUCGGGAUAAUGGACCGUCAUAAGUUGGAUGUUGUAUCUUGUGGCAAAAAUACUGUUCGUGUGCAAAAGGCAAUAUGCAGUGGUUUCUUCCGGAAUGCUGCUAAAAAAGACCCCCAAGAAGGAUACAAAACCGUUUCUGACAACCAAGUUGUAUACAUCCACCCUUCAAGUGCCAUUUUCAAUAGGCAACCAGAAUGGGUUGUUUACCACGAGCUGGUGCUCACAACCAAGGAGUAUAUGAGAGAAGUGACGUCAGUUGACUGUAAAUGGCUUGUUGAGUUUGCACCGUCGUUUUUCAAGUUUUCUGAUCCUACUAAACUCAGCAAGAGGAAAAGACAGGAAAGAAUUGAACCACUGUACAACAGAUAUGAAGAACCGAAUGCAUGGCGUAUCUCAAGGGCGUUCCGAAGAAGGUAGUCAGUCUACUGCAAACUUACUGCUCGAAAGUCUGGACUUCAGCAUGAAGUCGAAGUUUAUAGUGAUCUUACUAACAGAAUCUUGUGGUUCUGCUGAAAACUUCAGAUUUACUGUUUAACUUCGUAUCUUAACACCACAUCGUUUACCACGUGACUAACAUUUGGGUGCACUUUUACUCAUUGCGCAAUUUUUCUACAUGUAGAUGCAGAACUAAGGUUUUAAUCAACCUAUGAUUAUGAAGAUCUAUAUUGCCCUUGAUAUAGAUUAAUCGUACUGUGAAACCACCAUGUAGGUCAUCCAGGGCCGCGGGGAGGAUUCCUGGGGCCCGGGUUGAAGUGAAAGGUAAAAGUAAGGCAUACUGGAGAAGAUCCUUCUGAAGGGGUCCAGGGAAAAGUUUUGAGACAAUGGUUGCUAAAAUUGCGGCUAUUUUGGUUGCUGGAAUUGCGAUGGUGUCUAUUACUUCUUUUAUUAUUUCAAUAUAAUUUGAAUAUUACUGGUAUACUAUCGUCAUAAUGCAUGCAUAUUUUUUAACUAUAAAAUAUGCAUUUAAAAAUCUCAAAAAGUGAAAAACGAUUUAAUGCUAAAUUUGAUCAAAACGGACAUGCUGCACCAAAAAGAUUUUCACUAUUCAAAUAAUUUGAAAAACUUUACAUCUAGCAAUCAGAAUGCAACCUUGCAGUGUCAAUUAAAAACUAGUUGAUCGAUCUUUUAAGAAGCUCGUUUAGACGAGAAGCUAGAGGUCCUAAAAAAUUGAAGACAAGAAAUCAGUCGAACUUGUUUCUAUCUGGAAGUGAAAACCAGAAAAGGCCUUUGGUAAAGUUCAAGAUAAAUUUAGCAUUGUUAUGAUUGAUAGUGUUACUGCAAAGAUAAUUAGGCGAUUCAUGUCAAUUGGCGAGAUAUGGCAGGGAUUCAGUAUUCUUUGAUUUUACACAAUGUUGAGAGAAGAUGACCUAGCAAAAAAUCACAAAAUCCUGCGCAGCAUAAAAGGAGAACAUAUCUCCAUUCUCAGAAGCAUCAACCAUUGCAUCUGUUGAACAAACUUAAGCAUUUGAAUUUGCAACGCUUAUUUCCCAAUGUUUUCAUUGCAUUAAGGUUGUUUCUGACUUUACCUGCUAGUGCUGCUUCAGCUGAAAUAUCCUCCGAAUUGUCCAUAAAAACCUUUGUUAACGAACUAGAAGAUUACCUUAAGCUACUAGCUCUGUCUGACAAAUAUAAUGGGGUUACAAUACUAUUGCUGCAUCUAUCUUUUUUCAUUUAAAAACUUUUCCUAUUAUUUCUACUAUUAUUGGCAGGUUUUGAUAAUGGAGAGACUGAAUUGCUAGUUAUAAUUGUUUAGUUAAGUUAUUAUCUAUGGGCCCCUUAAGUCAUAGGCCCCCGGGUCAGAGACCCUCUGACUCCCCUCUCCUCAGCACUGAGGGCAUCUGGAACCAAGGUCACCGUUCCCCGAAGGGAGGUGUCCAUUGUCAGGAGGGUAUUUUCACAAGGCUUUAACUUAAGAAAUAAGUUUUUCUCUGACCAUAGGAAAACACUGAGUUUGAGUAGUCUGUUAUUUAGAUAUGUUUGUUUAUAGUAAAACACUUUUUCUGGAUUGUGGUAGCAUUCAACUAGAUACCCUCUUUCUUAGGCACGCUUGACUGACUAGCCAGUAUCGGGUUUAUUGUUCAAUAGCUACCAGAAAGAAGUGUCUAGAUGAAAUUGAAUUAUGUACAAGUUUUCCGGCAAACAUUUCAUUUUUAGCCAAAUGAAAUCUUUAAAUUUUUGUGACCCUUUUUUAUGGGUGAAUCAAACAACUGCAAAUAUACUCAUUCAUAGUUUGUUUUAGUAAUUAUGAUAAUCAUGUCAUAUUUAUGGCUUUACUGACAGAUUGCUUAGUUUAUGACAUUUUUGCUAGUAGGACCGACGUAACCUCUUUGAACUUGAUAAUUGCUUCAAACAUCGUGUCUUCUUACUACCCUUGUUGAAAUGAUGUGUAACUAUCAUCCUCUAUCGCUUGACAAGAGAUGCGGUCAAUUUUCAAGUCAACCGCUGGAAAUAUUUGCGAUCUCAUCUGUGAUGUAUUGAGUUUCAAAAUGUUAUGCCGUGGUAUCAAAAAUUGUGUGUUGAUAUUUUCAGUAUAUUUUUUAUUUCAUUUGCAGGGUAUAAAUUUUUUAUCUUGAUAUAAUUGUCACAAACGUUUUCAAAGAAGCCUUUCGUUUAAGGAGAUUACUCAGAUAAUUCUUUAUUAAAGGCAAUAGAGUUACAUUAUGAUGGGAUUAUUCCGUCACAUUUUGCCAAGCCAAUAGCUUCACUUUUGUCAAAGCCAGUCUGUGGUGAAUUUCCAAACCUAUAGUCUUACUAUUUGGUCGAAAAAAAUCCCAGGAAAUUUGAGCGACUUGUUGUAAGGCAAUAGCCUUUUUUUAACGAUGUCAGUCCGAAGUAAAAUUGUAAGCUUUUAGAAGACAAAUUUAGCCACAUUCCCAUGGCCUUAAGCCUUACACUGCAAUGAAAUCAAUCGGACCCUAAUUUAGUCGAAUUUUCUUGACUUGACGGCCUUGCUUUUUAACAAAAUCAUUCUUGAAACAUUUUUCAAAGGUUAAUCUUGCGACAUUAUCAAAUCUACCCGUUGCAAAGUUUGUCACUACUUCAAAAUCAAUAGCCUUACGCACUAAAAUUUAGCCACAUUAUCUAGGCUUCUAGCCUUUCUUUUGAAAAAGAUUAUCCUGUGGCAAUUUGGACAAAUUUUCUUGGGCCAUUGAAUUUUUUUUUAAAACGUUGGUCUGAGACAAAUUUACCUUCUUUUUCUGAGCCUGCAACCAUUCUUUAUGGGAAAGUAUGCUUUGGCAAAUUCUGACCGUCUAAUCAAUAAGCUUUGUUCACCAAUUCUUCCAAAACAAUACUCUUUUAUAUCACUAAGUUAUUCCGUAGAAAAUUUAGUAAUCUUUCCCAAGAUUGUAUUCUCAAUUUCUGACAUAAUCAUAUGGUGCAAAUUUGGCCAUAUUUGCUAGUCUUAAUUUCUGACAAAGUCAGUUCAUGGAAAAUUUAGCCACUCUUCCAAGAUAUUGUUUGAUAUUCCAAGAUAUAAUAAGGAUAUACCGUAAAUUUCCUUUUUAGCUCCCCGAGGGCUUAUAAGAGAAGGGGGCUAAAUUAAGAGAGGGGCUUAAUAAAUAUUUUGUAAAAAAAACAUUUAUAGUGGUAAACUAAUUGUUUGUUAUUUGCGAAAUAAAAACACCAAAUCAGCCUUCUAUAUCAAUUAUAUUGUCAUCGUCAACGUUAUCAAUUAUUAAUUCUAAAAUAUUUUCUUGGGCCAUGUCGCCUUCUGAAAUCGAGCAUUCGAAAAGGUCGACUUCAUCCCUCGGAGUACCAACGGCCUGUAAUUUUAGAAAAAGGCUAUCACAUGACCCGUGAUUAAUGGAAGAGACAUGGUGUGAAUUUUGAUUUGAUGCAAAGUAUUAUUGAACGACCAAUGAAUAAAAUGAAAAUCUCUGUUUUUUGUUAAGUUUACUUAUUUCAGCAUCAGUGAAAAUUGGGGGAGGGGCUAAAUUGGAAGGGGGGGCUAAUUAAAUGUUUCCUUCUGUAAAGGGGGGCUUAAUUGAGAGGGCGGGGGCUAAAAAGAGAAUUCACGGUAGUUUAUAAGAACAAUCAUGCUCAGAAUUAUCCAGUUUGUGCUCAGCCUCAGCUCGCAUGUUUGUGUCUCUUUUUUCAGCAGUUGCCAGAUUCGCGAUGUUUAUAACAGAAAAUAGCGUGACUAACCUGUACAAUUUUUUCAAAAAAUGUGGUUUUUCUACGAGGUCGGGUGAUGUUCCCUUGAACUGAUAAUCAGAUUCAAAAAAGUAAAGAAUACUUUUAGAAUAUAUUCAGGCACAAGAUGAAAGGUUUUUCAAAAUACCAAGGCUGGACAAAAGUUAUAGUAUUCUUAAAAGCAAGUGAGUGUAAGUACUUUUCACAAGCUUAGUCUAGAUUUCUUCAAACGCGAAACAAAUUAAUGUAAAUUCCUACUACUUGUAUCCAAACUGGCGUGCACUUUUCAGGCCUUGGAAAUAAACCGCUAUAAAAUGAGUAUGCAAAUAAAGGAAAGGCCACGGUAGCAGGCUGCACGACGGACUCAAAUGAAAGAACAAACGAUAAUAAACAUAAGAAAAUCAAUGGUAGCUAAGAUUUUGCCCCGACUUUACUAGAGCAAAAAUGAGUAGAAUGGCUGCAAAACCCUUUCUUUCUGAAGUUCUAAUAGAUAAGAUUUAUUUGAAAAAAAUAUUAUGCAACGAUGAUUACAUUAAACAAACAUUAAGAUUUCUGAAUUUCUCAAAUAAUUAAUUAACAAUUUUCGCAGGUAUAAUUCAAUUUUGGUUAAGAAUUUUAUGCCAUUUCUGAAAUUUGUCUUGGACAAACGUUUUUCCAAUAGAAAGAGAUGCUAAACAACCAAGCAAGUAAAUUUGUCUUAACAUUUAAAGUGAUAUAAUUUAAAUAAAGUCAAAACAAAUGAAUUUUUCUAAAUAAAAUUGUAAAGUUUAAGACUAAUGACACUCUCUUUAAAGCUCAAUGUACUUAGAGGCAGCGAGAGAGAAUGUGUUCAUCUGGAGGUACCUUCCAUCACCUCUAACAAUAACAGUUAUUGGGCCGAUGUCAGGUGCACCAGCGACCCGUACUUGAACAGUAUUUGCAGCACUGCCGGAUGUGUCAUGGAAGGGUGCAUUGCCAGUUUUACACUGCUUUAUGCUUUUCGUGCAGGCAUAGGUGGCGAAGGCAGAUUCCUCGUCCUCUGCGAUGACAGAAAUAGUGACGUUGUAAUUCCCAAUGUGUGGGAAGCAGUAGUCUAACUGCAGGAAUACCAGGUCACUUGACUUCACUGAAUACUGGGAGGACAUCUUGAAAAUGGGGACCAGUUCGUGAAGUUGGGCUGCAUUCACGCCACUGAGGGCCCUGUACUUCCAGUGCGCACGGGAUUCCACUAGGCUCAUUAAAUGCCGUUUUUCACAUUCUGGAUUACCGUAGGUCUGCGCGUGGAACUUCAGCGCGACCGUGUAUAUCAUGCCGCUACCAGCCCCAUUCUCAACCACGAUAUUUAGAUCGCCAUAUGAUGAAUGGUAGACGAACGAAAUUUGUUCUUCAUAAGUUCCAUUGAUGUUGUUCGAUGCAAUGAUUUUUCCAGAACCAUAUGUGACAGUUGCUUUUAGGAUGUCUUGCACGGUGUUGUUCCAUGGCUGCUUUUGCAAAUUAAGGGCAACAACAGCUAACUUUUUGUCGAACAUGCAGCCCCCACAGAGAUGGGCGCUGAAGUGAUUUGUUUCGAAGGCAUCACCAAAGAUGUGCCUCUCAGUUACGAACUGCACAGGCACGUCAAUGGGGCUUCCAUUUUGGCUCUGUCCGAUUGCCCCAGCAAUUAGGAAAGCGGCUGUUAAAAAAAAUCAACAAGGGUGUGUCAUUCGGUAUCAGUCAUGUCUUAACUUAUAAGAGUGGAGUUUGGGAAAAGUCCAAGAUAGCGAGUUGCUUAAUUCUGCUAGGCUACAUUGAGACUGGCACAAAUCCUGAAGCGUAUUUCCUCCAGGUAGUAGUAAAGUAGCCUAUAUCCUCGUGUUUAUGGAUAAUAAGAGACAGUGGUGUAGAUAGAGGGGGUCAGAGGGGUCGAAAAACUCCUUGUAAAGCUAAAAUGUUGUUUUGUCGAAAAAAUUUCUAACCUGGUUAUCUUUUAUCUAAAUGUUACAUUUUGAGAGGAAUUUCAAAGCUGAAUAUAAUAUGAAAAUGUCUAAACAUAUCGGAAAAUUUUUCUAUUUCAGUUUUGAUGUCGUUAUGUUAUGCCCAAAUAAAUGAAAAAAUAUGCUUAUUAGAUUUUUUGUCAGAAAAUUUAAGUUCUUCGCCCCUCCUAUGAAUAUUCCGAUCUAUGUCACUAAUAAGAGGUUAUUAAGCUUGCAUUCGCUGACAUUUGCGGGGCCUGAAGAUCACGAGCAACCCUGAGCCGAAGGUAUGAUAGGAAAAUGUGACAGAAUAAUAUUAAUAUGUAAAUGUAACCCUAGGCCAUACAAACAUCGGUUGGUCACUGAUUAUAUAAACUAAAAUAUCAAGAGAUAUACGUCAAAGAAGAGUAUAAUCUUGUCAUAAAUAAUAGGAAGCAGCCUCAUUGAGGAGGUAUAUAACAAUUUUACUUACCGAUAGGAAUCCAGAUCAUCGUUGCUAGUUUUAAAUUCGUUACUACCUUUUCCAAUGGCCGCAGCUUAAACUGGGUUUUUCCAGAAAUCCUUCGCUUAAAUACUUUCUGAGUCGGUGGUUCUUAUGACCUUCAUGUGACUGCUCAAGAACAAGAAAGGAAGAGUGCUGGUGAGUUCCAGGAACAGGAAGUUCCAUCGCUGUGACUUAAAAUGCACGUCAUCGUCUUAAAAUAUUACAUCUUUACGAUUUAACAUUUUCAAAUUUUGCCAACUAGCACAAAAAUUAGACAAACGACUGUCUCUCUAAGAACCUAUGAAUCAUCCUUUCUACAUACUGAAAGUUUGUAAGAAAAAGUUUCAAGGAAGAAAGUAUUAAGUCAGAGUCUGCAUUAAGUUUGGAAAUACCACAAGGAGAACCCCAAACAAGUGCUGUUUCAUUCAGGCAAGAGUUAUGAAAAAUAUAUCUUGGUCAUAUUGUGAGAAAUUUCUUUUUCCUGUUAACUUUCUUGCAUUUUCACUUUAAAAUGUUUAGCUAAACAGCGUUUAAAUUUCAAACGCACCAUAUCAUCUACAAAGUACCACAAAAUUAUAUAUUAUGUCUCCCAGGAGGCUUGACGGUCAAAACACAAGGGCUAGGUAAAUUUCCCUAUUUCAAGGGAAAGUCCCAGUGAGCCCCCAACGCAACGGGACAUUCCCAGAGAAAAAUUUUUUUAUGCUUAUCACGAGAGAAAAAAAUCGAAACUUUGAUAUUUCAGAUACAUUUAAGAGGCUAUAAUGCAAUUUGGAGAGUAUUUGGGAGCUAAGAACAUGCAGUUUGAUUCUACAAAAUAAACAAUCAGGCUAGAUUUCAAGCACAAGAAAUUUUAUCACGACCAAAAAAGAUUUUAGCAAAAACGGAACCAAAACUAUUGAAAUUAUUUAUGUACUUAUGGCUUUAUAUUAUAUCAGUUAAUAGCACAUAUUUGUUUGUUUUCCAUAAAAAGGGGUGCAGAUUUUUUUCGCAUUCACACGCGAGUAUUCUGUUGAAUAAACCAAUAUAUUGCAGGGACUUCCGUGUUGAUGCUUUUUACAUGAGUUCUGGUCACUCAGCGCUGAAAAAACAGGCUAUCAAAUGAACGUUUUGUUUAGAGAUAAAUCGAAAUGAGUGCCUUCUGGGAGCUUGCAUAAUAGCGACCUCCCUCAAGCGACAUAGGACCCAAAACACUCUGCCUGAUCUGAACAAAAGCUGUUAUUAGGUAAUGUGUCCAGCUAAAGCAAGUGGCUCUGCGGGAGUUUUCAGGAACAUAUGAUUUUUCAUAUCAUCGCCCCAGCCAUUACGGUCGUUCUGUUUAUUUACCUUGCUGCGAGGUUAGCUUUCAUGUGAGCAGUUUUGCAUCGCAAGAAUACUAACCAAUCACUAGCUGUUAUUUUAAUGAGUGGCUUGACAAGUUGGGUAUACGCAGUCCUUUUAUAUGGACACAUUACCUUUAAAUGAAAUAAAAUGGAAACUAACGAAAUAUUUCCUUGACAAAUCGUUUGUCACAUGCAGCUCUAUUCGCUAUUUACUACUUGAAAAAACUGUUUCCUUGUUAAACAGCGGUAAAGAAAUGGAAAAAGCUGUCUAGGCUUGUUGCUUAUAAGUUGCGUCAUAUGCCGUUGUUUGAAAAUUGGAUGAAGGCGGUAGACAACAACUGUUUACACGUUGAGCAAUCAACUUAGACGCUGUAUUCAAAUUAUGCAAACAGCAAAUUUCCGAAGAAAGUUUGGAUGAACAGAUAUAAAUUUGCUACUCUUUCAAGCAUAAAGCUAGUAGCAGCUUGAAUGCAGGAAAUAUUACAGAGGCCAGGCAAAAAGAAGGUUCGGGAGCCUUGUUCCAAAGCACUCUCUUGAAAGAUGUGUUGGUGAAAACAGAUAACUGAAUUUGUCUACUCUGUGGUUCCUCCAUUUUAAAUUUCAAUCCGCUUUAAAUAUUACUGGUCAGUUUAAAUUUAAAAGUAACAAAAACAGUAACAAAAACGAGUAAUCUUGCGAUCAAUGAAGAUCUUUUUUGGGCAACAGCCAUUUUAAAGUUUUCUAAUUUAUAUUACAUGCAACAGUUAGGAGAAAACAAAAGCUUGGAUAAUGUCUUUGUCUCAAAAGAACAGGAAAACAAAUGUACUCAGUCACCAUUAAUAUCGUUCCUGUGUACGUCAUAUCAUGAACUUGGUUGGUUUACUUUGUGUCUUGGUGGUUCCAUUGUCAUUCACAUCUCCUUUCAU